AUGGCCAACGAGAGAACUUUCCUUGCAUGGCUCCGAACGUCGUUGUCGUUGGUUACUAUAGGCAUUGGCGUCGCGCAGCUUUUGAAAAUCCAAAAACCAGACAGUUUGGGCCGUCUCCAGGCGUCCUGGGCCAAACCUUUGGGUGCGAGCAUCAUCUGCAUUGGAAUUCUCACAUUGUUCAUGGGUUUUCUGCGCUACUUCCGCGUCCAGCAAAUGCUUCUCCAGACCCGCUAUCCUGUUUCUCGAUACUCCGUCUCCAUUCUAAUCACGGCCGUCAGUGCUCUUAUAAUUCUGGUCUUGUUGGUGCUAUACGUUUAG